CACAUUAGAAAUUAUUUCACGUAUCACUUGAAUAGUAGACCACAAAUAAAUAUUAUUUGAUGAAGAGGACACAAUGUCAUUCCAUUAUCAAUGUCUGUGGCGGCUGAUCGAUUGUAAUUUCGAUACAUUUUUAUUUAUCACAAUGAGCGCUGAAAUUAGAUGAUAUUCGUUUGAAAAUAAUGUGCCUUCGAGAGGUUUAAUGGUAAUGCGACUGCUACGUUGUUACGCUACUAAGGCUGGGCGUGAACAUUACGCCAGCAGCAGCGUAAAGAUCUAUCGCAAGCAGAUAGGCAAAACAAAAAUAAAACCAGAACAUGUGCUGCCUUCAAAGACGAAGGAUUCCACUAAUUCGGAGUAUGCUGAAAACUUGGUGAAAGUGCAGAUGAUAUCGCAGAAUUUGCAUGCUCAGCUCUUUCCACAAACUAAACGAGAGUACUCCGAAUCAGAACAUCUCGCCGCUAAAGCAUAUACUGCGGAAUUGCUGCGUCAUGGGAUCGAUGUGGCCAGCAUAUCGCCCAUGCCAGAUGUGAAGUUAAAGCUGCCGCCGUUGCGUGGAAAAAACAUUGAGGAGCACUUUCUGGCUAUAGCCAAAGAGCAGGUUGCACCCUAUAAGACACUACUCCAAGCACUGGUUGCAUGCAAGGAGCUUCCUGCAAAGCCCAAGCGUUGGGCUUUUUAUGCCGGUUGGACGGCCUACGAUCCAGUCGAUGGCACUGCGACGCCCGUUGCACAUCCACUCGAAAGAGGGAUAAUUUUCGAUGUGGAGGUCUGCGUGCGUGCAGGCAAAGACCCAGUACUGGCAACCGCGGUGAGCACCAAGCGCUGGUACUGCUGGGUAAGUCCAAAACUUACAAAACAUCGCUUAAAUGUGCCGCACGUUGAGCCAAUCGAGGUGGAUAGCAAUGAACGACCACAUUACACGCUCGACGAGCUCAUACCUCUCGGCCUAAGCGAACACUCCUUAGUAGUCGGUCACAAUGUCUCUUAUGAUAGAGCACGACUCCGUGAGCAGUAUCUGAUAGAGGAUACGAAUACACGCUUUGUGGAUACCAUGUCGUUGCACAUGUGCGUCAGUGGCGUCACGAGCUAUCAACGAGCUAUGCUCAAAUCAAAGAAGGAACCCACUGCGGAGGAUUUGGAUUGGUUGGCCCAGAGCUCACUAAAUAACUUAGUGGAUGUGCAUCGUUUGUAUUGCGGUGGUGAGCCCUUGUCCAAGGAACCGCGAAAUAUAUUUGUUGAAGGCACGCUGGAGCAAGUGCGACAACAGUUUCAAUCUCUAGUGAACUACUGUGCCGGCGAUGUAGAGGCGACACAUCGCAUUCUCUGUAAGCUUUAUCCUUUAUAUGAAGAGCGUUUUCCACAUCCCGUAACUCUGGCGGGAAUGCUAGAAAUGGGCUCUGCCUAUUUGCCCGUGAACUCCAACUGGGAGCGUUAUAUUCGCGAUGCUCAGUUAAGCUACGAGGAUCUCAGUAUUGAGGCCAAAUACCAUUUAGGUCGACGUGCGGAAGAAGCUUGUGCGUUGCUUCACGGUGAAGAGUAUCGCAAAAAUUUGUGGCUCUGGGAUGAGGAUUGGAGCGUGCAGCCGUUGAAGCUAAAGCAGCUGCCCAAGCGCAAGAAGGUACCCACUGUGCAGCUGUCAGAACAAGGACUCAGCGUUGAGCAGCUGCGAUUGCAGCGCAAGUUCCAGCAUCUUUAUGAACAGCGUGCAUUACUACCAUCGCGAAGGCCCCUCCUGCCCGGUUAUCCGCAAUGGUAUCGUAAGCUGUGCCGCAAGCCACCCCCCAGCUACAAAGCAGAUCUGGAUGAGGAGCCUUGGACACCUGGGGCUUGUGACAUUAGCACUGGUAUGCAGAUAGCAGCCAAGCUACUAUCCCUCUGUUGGGAGAGCUAUCCGCUUCACUAUCUACGCGAGCAUGGCUGGGGGUUUCUAGUGCCUUUUCGCAGUUCCGGGAGUCAACUCAGUAGUGACCUGCCCAUUCAACAACUGCUCGCACGCUGUGCCAUUCCCGAAUUUGCGCGCAAAUUGGCUGUUGGAGAGGAAGCAGAUCUAGCCAUGGAUCAGCUGCCCAAACAAAUGGAUGAACACCUAAGCAAGCGGCAGUUCUACAAAAAAAUAUCUCAGCGACAACAGCAACUCGAGAAGCAAUACAAAGGCUCUGGUGUCUGGUGCAAUCAUGUGAUAGAUGACUGCUGCUUCUUUUUGAAGCUGCCUCACAAAAACGGCUCUUCGUUUCGUGUGGGCAAUCCGCUGUCGAAGGAUUUUCUAAACAAGUUCUCUGAGAAUGCACUCAGUAGUGGGGAUCCUUCGUGCCAGGCUGCGACUCGUGUCGUUGAAAUAGCUCGCAUGAUGUCCUAUUGGAGGAACAAUCGCGAUCGCAUUUUAGGUCAAAUGGUGGUCUGGCUACAGUCAGAGCAACUGCCUACCGAGCUACAAUCCUAUGGACAACGUAUAUUAUACGGGGCCAUUUUACCCCAAGUCGUGGUUGCUGGCACUUUGACACGACGAGCUAUGGAAUCCACUUGGAUGACUGCCUCCAAUUCGCGUAUCAAUCGCAUUGGAUCCGAGUUACGUUCAAUGGUACAAGCGCCACCAGGCUAUAAGUUGGUUGGCGCCGAUGUGGAUUCACAGGAGUUAUGGAUUGCCUCUGUGCUUGGCGAUGCCUAUGCCCAUGGUGAGCACGGUGCCACGCCCCUUGGCUGGAUGACCCUUAGUGGUAAUAAAUCGAAUGGCAACGACAUGCACUCAAUAACAGCCAAGGUAGCCGGCAUAUCAAGGGAUCAUGCAAAGGUUCUUAACUAUGCGCGCAUUUAUGGCGCAGGUCAGCAGUUUGCUGAAACGCUUCUCCAGCAAUUCAAUCCAUCUUUAAGCGCAACCGAUGCCAAAUCGAAAGCCAUAAAAAUGUUUACUGCAACGAAAGGCAAGCGUGUAUAUCGACUACGUGAAGAGUUUCGUGAUGAGCUGGAAGACAUAGCUUACAGCAGCUAUGAUGCCAGGCGCUUAGCUCUGCAAUGCAAUCGUCCAGUGAAUGAAAUGUUCCAUCGUCCUAGUUGGCAGGGUGGUACGGAGAGCGCUAUGUUCAAUCGCCUGGAGGAAAUUGCUACGCGCGAACAGCCCGAGACGCCAUUCCUCAGCUGUCGUCUAAGUCGUGCUCUGGAUUCCCAUGGGGAAGCAGAUAUGGAUCAACGUUUUUUGCCCACUCGUGUCAAUUGGGUGGUACAGAGCGGAGCAGUUGACUUUUUGCAUUUAAUGCUUGUUAGCAUGCGUUGGCUUUUGGGUCCACAUGCUCGAUUCUGUUUGAGCUUUCACGAUGAGUUGCGCUAUCUCGUGAAGGAUGAAUUGGCCCCAAAGGCAGCACUAGCCAUGCAUGUGACUAAUUUGCUCACUCGCGCCUUUUGUGCCUCACGCAUUGGCUUGAAAGAUCUGCCCAUGUCGGUGGCAUUUUUUUCUUCUGUGGAGGUGGACACGGUGCUGCGCAAAGAAUGUACCAUGGACUGUCAGACGCCCUCCAAUCCACACGGCCUCCAAAUCGGCUAUGGCAUUCCGCCUGGAGAGAGCUUAAGUAUACAUGAUGCAAUUGUCAAGGCGGGCGGAAAUGAUAUUACUCAAUGGCCAUGGCUUCAGCGAACCAACAACUAGCAGCUAAAAACCCCUCAUAUGCAUUGUUUUUGUUAAGAAUAUUGAGCAGACUGUUAAGAUCUUCCAAACCUUAUAGUGGAUUUGUUAAAAAUUUGAAAAGGAAACUUGUUUCAAUAAUACUACUUGAUCAAACAUUGAGCUGUUUUGAA